AUGUGGUGUGAUGCCCUGAGGACCUUUAACCCCAAUUGGGAAGUCAGCUGGGCUCCCACCAUUCAUGGAACAGAUAAACAGAUGUGGAUUAGGUUCCCAGAAAUUCGUGACGAACAGGAGAACAUGAUCAUGAAGAUCACUGCACAUUUUGAAAAGCUCAAAACCCCUGUUUGCAGUUCCUUCACCAUGAAAACUGGUGCAGGUGGUGUUAUUCUCUCUCUAGCAUGCCACAAACACAUCGAAAGCAUCAUGAAGCUUGGCAGGGUUGAUAUCCCUGGGGUGCUGCACCCUUUAAUGCCACAGCGUGGUCGCCAGAUUGAGAUUGAAGAUGACUUUGAACUUGCAAUAAUGGGACUGACUGAUGAAAUUGACAGUGUCAAGACUAUUCUCGAGAGCUGGCUUAUAGAGACCUUUGUUGUCAAUGGCAAGUCAACUUUAGCAGGAAUUCGAUCCUCUCCAGACAUGUCCGAGGCACUGGUCUUUCAUAUGACAACUUGGCAGGUGGCAACCAGGGUUCUCAGUUCAACAACAGCCAAACUUUUCAAUCAGACGUUUGGUCACAAAUAUCCCACCCUCAUCACCCCUCAGUCCAUCUAUGCUAUCAACCACAAGGGCCUAUGGAGGAAUAAGACAAUUCACAAGACUUUCAACAAGGGGUCGGAGUUGAUGAACGAAAGUCUGAAAACUCUUCAGCAACAGAUCAACAAUCUCAAGUUGGAGACUUGGCAGGGCAUGCAAGCCAUGCAAAUGGAAAUGUCGACGAUUAGUUCCAAUCUCGCCCUUCUUGCUCAAUCGACUGAAAUUGGCCUUUCAUGGAAUCUGGCUGAAGUCCAAACUGUGAGGCUCAUGCUUCAUCCUAGACUAGUGAUGACCAACAAUCCCAGAGAGCAGGCAGAAGUGGAGAACAUCAUCACCACAAUGGAUUCAAAGGAGAGCGAAAUACGCACACAGCUUGAUGGAGCGAAUCAUGACUUUCAGACACUGAUUGGUGUGCCCCCUGGCCAGCUAUUGCCCCCUCCCCCAUCUUCGAACAGCAGUGCUACCCUGAACAGUGGGAGUUCUGCACCUAGCACAAGCUCUGCUCCAGCUGCUCCACCAGGUCUAAUGUGUCAUGCUCCCAACAGCGCUGCCCAUCCAGCUCACAAGCAACCACAGUGUUCCUCUGUCAAACGGCAAAGGACGAUGUCUGAACCCACAGAGGAGCAGGUUGUCACUGCAAAUUUGAUGGCAGAGGAUGGUAUGGUUGUAGAAGACACCAUUCCUGCCACUGAAGUCAGUAAGAUCCCCCCAUGUCAAUUGAGUGCCAGUAUCAAAUGCUAUGUUCUUUCUUGCAUUGCUGGUGUUACUGUGUGGUUUGUUUCCUAUGGUCAAGGCAGUGAACCCACCUUGGCGACAACAAAUUUCAUACUAUAUUCCUUGAAUGGUAAUGGUCACAGGAUUAUUGGUGCAUACGCUCCGUGGAAUCCAGGUGGUACUGGCGAUGUCCACCACUUCUGGAAUGAUAUUGCCCAAUUAUGCUUGUCCUCACCCACUUCGUGGACGAUGGCAGGGGACUUUAAUGCAACAGUCUCAUCUCUCAAAAGGGGCGAUCGUCGGACAGUUGUCUCACAAGCCACCAGUGUCGAUGUCAAACUUGAGCUUGUCUCUGUUCAAUCCACCAUCAAGGCAGUCCAUGGUGACUUCAUGCAUCAAGGUUCCUCUGAGGUUGGAGAAGGACAAGUAUCAAACCUUUCAGGAAUUGGUAGACACUCGGAUCAAAGCUGA